GCCUUUGUUGUUUGCUCAGACGAGGAUCGCAAAUCAAAUGUCGUUCGUCUAUGUUUUGCGGCCUGAAAAUUAAUGAUUGCCUCACACAAGGGUUAGUGCAUUCGAGAUUGGGGGAAAAGUUCGCUUUCUAAGCCAGAUCAAGCUUUUUGUUUUGCUCGUCAACCCUGAUCCACUUCUUGAGCCUGAGUGACGAGAGAGACUCAACAUUUCCUCGAGAGCUUUCAUCCGUUCAUGAUGGAGUGCACCCGUUCUCUUGAAAUUGUCCUGAUUGUAUUAUUGGUCAUUUGCUCAACCGAGGCGUGGCCCUUGUUCAACUUUUUUGGCCUGACAUCUGAGGGUUCUGGUUCGAGUGAAGAAACCACUGUCUUGCAGCGAAACUAUUUCAACCCGUUCCCUGUGAGUAGUGAAGAGGAGGAGGAGAACCUUCAGACCUCGAGGCCAGCUAUCCGGAUUCAGAAUGCACGAACGGCUAAAGAUCUGUCCCAAUCGCGCAUCCGGUUUCCCACCGACGAGAGGGACCAUCCUACGUUGGAUGUUGAUCCAGAUCAGGCGUUGAAAUUCCUGCAUCAAUUCGGCUACCUUGGCACAGGCCCUUACAACACAGGAGCUCUCUACAGCAAGGAAACCGUGGAGGAAGCAUUGAUGAAAUUGCAAAGAUUUGGAUCGAUUCCACAAACCGGCGAAUUAGAUGAACCCACCGCCAAGCUGUUGAAGAGUCCUCGCUGUGGCAACACUGACAUUGGCGAUGAAGCUCGGAGGAGACGUCGUAAACGCUUCAUUGUGGGAUCUCAAGGAUGGAACAAACGAUCGUUAACCUACCAUGUCGAGCGUUAUUCUGGCCGAUUGACAAACCAAAGCGCUGUGGAUCACGCAUUAAAGACCGCGUUUCGAGCUUGGUCCAAAUACUCCAACCUCAGAUUUAUUCCCCGCAAGAGGCGAGAAAAUGCAGACAUUAUCAUCAAUUUUGCUCGUUACGACCACGGUGACAGUUAUCCGUUUGAUGGGUCCGGUCGAACCUUGGCACAUGCUUACUAUCCUUAUCAGUUUGCGGACUUUGGCGGUGAUAUCCACUUUGACGACGACGAGGAAUGGACGUCGGAAUUUCCCGCGCAAGAAAAAGGGGUGGACUUUUUUACUGUGGCAGUUCAUGAGAUUGGCCAUGCUCUAGGUUUAUCUCACAGUCCAGAUCAAAAUUCGAUCAUGUUUCCUUACUACAAAGGUCCGGAGGCAGCCAGUACAUUUUCCAUUGGAUACGACGAUGUUCUGGCUAUGUAUGAGUUGUACAUUGGUAGACCACUGAAGGACAAUCACGUCGACUACCAUGAUGAUCAAGAGGAUUCUACUGGUUCCAAAGUCGACACGGAAAGUGAUGCCACUGUUUCAGCUAUUCCUACUUCUUCAACUACGACUAGUAGCACAACUAGUGCAACAAAAACUACUACUACUACUACUAUUACUACCACGACAACUGAGACAAGUUUUGAGUCUACAGAUUAUCAGAAUGAUGCAGCUCCAGAUGUAGAGGCCACCUCAAACGAUUUGGCUGAUUUGUGCAAGGACCCAAGCUAUGACGCUUUUGGAAUCAUUCGCAGUGAACUGUUUCUUUUCAAGGGAAAGAUGAUGUGGAGAUAUUCAAGGCGUGGAGCCUUGUUUCCCAAUUAUCCCGUUGAUUUUCACCAAAUGUUUAGCGGUUUCCCAGAUGAAGUCGAUCACAUUGACGCUUUGUACGAGAGACCAACAGAUGGCGCCAUUGUGUUUUUCUCGGGAAAUCAGUAUUGGAUAUACAAUGGAUAUCAGUUCAUUGAGAAUACACCUUUACCAUUAUCCUACUUGGGACUACCCACAGAUGUCAAAAAAUUGGACACAGCCUUUGUUUGGGGCAAGAAUGAGAAAACGUAUUUCUUUCGGGAGAAUAUUUAUUGGCGCUUCGACGAAUAUGCCAGACGAAUCGAGGACGGUUAUCCCUUCAAAAUUGGCCAUCGUUGGCAUGGAGUGCCUAAUAAUCUUCAAGCAGUAUUCACCGAUACAACAGGUGUGACAUAUUUCUUCAAGGAUAAUUGGUUCCUCUCCUUUGACGACUUCAUGGUGAAGGCAGAGGAGCGCAAUACAAACACAAUCUCCAGAUUCUGGUUCAAUUGUCCCUCAUGAGUUGGGAAAUAAAGCGUUAUUGUUAUCAUUG